AUGAAAGUUCUUUUUACUAGGUUGUUUUCUGUUAAAAAUGGAUUAAGCAAUAUUAAAUGGAGUGCAAGAAAUUUUAGUAAGGAUUGUGAUAAAAGUACACAAACCUUAAAAAAUAAUGUUACACCUCUACCGCCAUUAUCGGAACCUAUGCCAAAUCUACCACCUGUGACUUACUCUUCAGCUAAGGCUGAAGAUUCUUAUACUGAAGUAACUGUAUUGAGUAAUGGUUUAAGAGUGGCAUCAGAAAAGAAAUUUGGGCAAUUUUGUACUGCAGGAGUUGUAAUAGAUUCUGGACCAAGAUAUGAGGUGGCUUACCCAAGUGGCAUCUGUCACUUCCUUGAGAAAUUGAGUUUUGGUGCUACUCAUAAAUUUCCUACACGGGAUGUGAUGCUGAGAGAAUUAGAGAGACACGGUGGAAUUUGUGACUGUCAAGGAUCCCGUGAUACUACAGUCUAUGCUACUAGUGCAGAUUCCAGAGGGCUUAAAGCUGUCACUCAGGUAUUAGCUGAAGUGACAUUGAGACCACAGUUGUCUACAGAUGAAAUUGAAGCUGCCCGGCAAGCAGUUGCAUUUGAAUUGGAAACAUUGUCUAUGAGGCCAGAGCAAGAAACAAUUUUAAUGGAUAUGAUUCAUGCUGCUGCUUAUAAAGAAAAUACCUUAGGUUUACCAAAAAUAUGUCCAAAAGAAAAUGUUUAUAAGAUAGAUAGAGGAAUUAUUCUUAAUUAUUUGAGGAACCACUACACACCUGAUAGAAUGGUUGUUGCAGCAGUUGGAGUUGACCAUGAACCUUUUGUUGAAUAUGUACAAAAGUAUUUUGUUGAUAUGAAACCUAUGUGGAUGUCUGAAAACAGUAAUUCUUUUACACCUAAUGUUGAUAAAUCUAUUGCUCAGUACACGGGUGGCAUAGAACAGGAUGAAUGUGAAGUGCCCUUGUAUCCAGGAUCUGAUUUACCAGAAUUAUCUCAUGUAGUUAUUGGAAUUGAAAGUUGCUCCCACAGUGACCCUGAUUUUGUAGCAACAUGUGUUUUAAAUAUGAUGAUGGGUGGUGGUGGAUCAUUUUCAGCAGGUGGUCCUGGAAAGGGCAUGUACACUCGUCUUUACACCAAUGUUCUUAAUAGAUAUCAUUGGAUGUUUAACGCAACUGCGUACAAUCACGCUUACGGUGACACCGGCUUAUUCUGUGUCCACUCAGCAUCACCACCAAAUCGCAUUUAUGAUACAACACUUGUCAUUGCUCGGGAACUCUCUAAUAUGGCAGGCAAAGUUGGAGAAUCUGAAUUACGGAGAGCCAAAACUCAGCUUCAGUCAAUGUUACUUAUGAACUUAGAAGCAAGGCCUGUAGUGUUUGAGGAUGUUGGACGACAAGUAUUAGCCACUGGCAAGAGGAAGCCACCAUCAUAUUUCAUCAAUGAAAUUGAAAAAAUAACAGCAGAUGAUAUUGUGCGUAUUGCAAAAAAUAUGCUAAAUAAACGGCCAGCAGUGGCUGCUCGGGGCAAACUAACGCAUUUACCCACUUUCGAAGAAAUACAAGCACAUAUGACUUUGAAUAAAAGUGAUUCUUCCCCACAAGGACGUCGCCUCAAUCUUUUCCGAGCA